GCAUCAAGAACAAACAGACAAGGCGAUACAAGGAAAUUACAACACGCUUUCAGCUCGAGCUUCCUUUGCAUUCAAAGUUUUGGCUCACAAUUUGCCGACAGCUGCCCAGCAGCAUUCUGAACAACGGUAUUUUAAUAUUGCUUAUCCAAAGAAUCAAUAAUUACUACCGUUGGGUUGAGCUUGAGACCUCGGGGGCAUCUUCAUUUAGCUCUCCGUAGCUCUCAGGCCUUGCAACACGAGCCCCGGCGUCCAAAAGCCAGUGCUGAUUUCAUAUAAGUAAACACUCUUUGUGUUUGGAGCAGUGCGGGAGCUGUAUGGCACUCCUGGCACUCUCUCUUGCCGUGGCAGCCCUGGCAGGGUCGGUGCAAGCCAGCUUGUUUCCCGACAGGUAUGCGUAUGCACCUUGCAGCCUGCUUAAGGAGCUCGAGGAGAACUGCCAAGUGAAGAGCCGGCUGGGUAAAAACAACACAGACGGCAGCUAUAAAGGGCUGCUCAUGUACUUCGGAGAGACCGACUGCCGCGUCAGCAUCGAGCAGUGCUACCCAAAAUCACACUGCUACUCGUUCCGGGACCUGACCUUCCAGCUCCCCUCUGACUUCACGAUAGCUGGCUCCACUGGCUUUUUCAAAAAGUUCAAGAUUAUAUCCGGCGGGCGAAACGCAACAAUCACACCGGAAGGAGUUUCAUUUAUCGCCACAAACGACAAGGUGCUCGUAGAAUACACCACUGUCACGUGUGGCGAAUUCUACAGGUACCAUGGGCGGAUACCCGUGCAGCUGUGCAAUCAGCCCAUAGAGGCCAUCACGCCCAUCGACACGCGAGGGCCAAACGCGCUGGGAUGUCCACAAAAAGUGCAGGGCGGAUCGACCUGAUGCAGAAGCGGCGAUGAUUGUAACUUGGGUGGACACGCUGCGUGCCCAGGGCAGGCACGCCGGCGGAGAACCCCACGGGAGCAACCCCUGGGGGCACCCGUAGUUUACUGUUGCCAAGGUUGGAUGCUGUAAAGGUGCAGAGGCGCACGUUUGUGAGUUGUGACAGCGCUGCGUAACUGGGAUACCUGUACAACAUGCACUAGCUAGUGGAUUAACAUGUGGCGCCCUUGCAAUCUUCACAAGCGGCAUUAUCCUGAGAUUGCACUCGGAGCCUUGUUGGCAGAUGUUGAAACUGUGCGGAGGCAGCUGCAAUCUCAACGCCCACAACUGCGAAACGGAAGUGUGUGUGCUGCAGGAUACCUGGUGUGGGCAGAGUUUUUACGCGCUGUGAGGAGUGUGGGCCACAGGACUGCCCCCAAUCCCCCAUAACUUUGAAUGCCGACAGCCUGAUAGUUCAAUGCUCGGUGGCAUUCAAGAGUCGUGCCAUGGAGUCCGGCCUCCGUGGACGGGCCGUUUCGCCAUCAAUUGCGAUAAGUCUCACGAAGAAUCAACUUAAUCAAGAUUGUAGGUGCAGGCCCUACACCCGUGCCCUACACCUCC